AUGGGGCUGCUGUGCACAGCACCCUCCUUUUGCAACGGGGUUCCCAAAAACAGAGGUCCGUUGGAAGCUGCCCUCAAAGGGUGGCUGCCUAAGGGCAAAGCAGAACUCACUGCCAAGACAGAGGGGGGGAAGCGGCUGGCUCUCCUGGCAUGGCUCUGCCCUACCACAACUCACAUCGUCGUCGCCAUCGCUGACACACCGGAUCAAGCCCGUGGCAUUUUGCUAAAAGCCUGCCUCCUCGCCCUCGCCCACGUCUCCAGCCAGCAGAACGCCAAAGUCCGGCCAAAACCGGUGGCUUCCAAGAAAGAUGGUGUGAGCCUCAAAAUGAUUGAAGACCUGAAGGCCAUGAUUGACAACAUCUCUCAGGAGGUUGCUCUACUGAAGGAAAAGCAAGCACUCCAGACAGUUUGCCUGAAAGGCACCAAAAUUCACCUAAAAUGCUUUCUCGCAUUUUCGGAGACCAAGACGUACCACGAGGCCAGCGAAAACUGCAUCUCGCAGGGCGGCACGCUCAGCACCCCGCAGAGCGGGGAGGAGAAUGACUCUUUGCAAAGAGAGUCGUCGCGGCUCGGUGUCGGAUCAGAGAGCGUUAGAGCAUUUCGUCUGGCCACAUCCAGCCCCGUUAGCAGCUGCAUCGCUCUUACUAAGGCACAAUUUAUAGGGAUAUUUUUUUACACAGGGAAUUAUUUAGGAUGGCUCGGUUGUUUUGGCAAAGAACCAGUGCAGCAGUCCAGCCUGGCAAACAGCUGCCUCGGCUGCCCGGGGCUGUAG